GGGGUGGGGGGGCUCUGGGCUGGGAGAGGAGCCGCGGCAGCAGCCUUAGCACCUGGGAGUUCCCAACUUUCAUUUGCACCGGCUCCUUUGGGUUGAUUUAGAGGAGGACGGGGCUCCUUCCUUUUUUAUACAUUUCAACCCCGCUUUGGGGGGUCCCUUCCUUUGGGUAAUAUUUUUUGUUUUGCGCUCCUCCCUCCACUUUUUUUGCUUUUUUUUGGAGAGGGGCUUUUCCAACGCAGGGCCGGCGCGCAAAGGCGGGAGGGCGAUGGAGAUGAAGAAGCGUAUCAACCUGGAGAUGAGGAACCGGGCGCCCGAGAAGGUGGCUGAGCUGGUUUUGGACAAUUGCCGGUCUAGCAAUGGUGAAAUCGAAGGUCUGAAUGACACAUUUAAAGAGCUAGAGUUUCUCAGCAUGGCCAACGUGGAGCUGUCAUCACUCGCCAAGCUCCCCACUUUGACUAAGCUUCGAAAGCUGGAACUGAGUGAUAAUCUAAUUUCCGGAGGCCUGGAAGUCCUGGCAGAGAGAUGUCCGAAUCUCACAUACCUAAAUCUGAGUGGUAAUAAAAUCAAAGAUCUCAGCACUGUGGAAGCCCUUCAAAAUCUUAAGAAUUUGAAGAGUCUUGAUUUAUUUAACUGUGAGAUCACAAACCUGGAGGAUUACAGAGAAAGCGUGUUUGACUUGCUCCAGCAAAUUACGUAUCUAGACGGGUUUGAUCAGGAGGAUAACGAGGCCCCCGACUCAGAAGAUGAAGAGGAUGAAGAUGGGGAUGAAGAUGAGGAUGAAGAAGACGAGGACAAAGCUGGUCCCCCAGGAGAAUAUGAAGAGAAUGACGAGGAAGACGACGAUGGCUCAGACUUGGGGGAGGGUGAAGGUGAAGACGAGGAAGAUGAAGAAGAAGUGGGCCUCUCAUACUUAAUGAAAGAAGAGAUUCAGGAUGAAGAAGAUGAUGAUGAUUACGUAGAGGAGAAGGAGAAUGAAGAAGAGGAAGCGGAAGGCGUCAGAGGGGAGAAGAGAAAACGUGCAGCAGAAGAUGAGGGAGACGAUGACGACGAUUAAGUUGUAGGAAAAAAAAUAGGACCAGAUGCAUUUUUUGUUGCAGGAUACGCAAUAGCGAUAUGCAGACUUGUAUGUCUCCAUGUAUCCUAGGUAUCCCUACAGAAGAUAUUAAUGUGUUAACUUUUUAUAGGAAGUGUGUUUUUACUAUUUUUGCCCUUUUUAUCAUUCCAACUAAGACAUAAUAGCCCACUCUGGAUCAUGUGCAGAGAGAACACUGUUUCAUCCCUUUUUAAUCACUGAACCAGUUGUCUCCCCCCCCCCACCUCCCCUAGAAACAUUUUUCUCCAGAUUUCCCCCCUAUUUUUAUGUGAGCAUGCUGUUAGUUCUAGUAACAGUUAAAGCAAAACAUUUAACUAAUUUAAUCCAGACUUUUAAAGAUUGUACACCGAAUUAAGAUCCACUGCAGUGCGAUAAUCCAGCUUUUCCUUAGAGAGGCUUAUAUAUGAGGUGAACCAAAGGCUGCAUGAAGUCAAGAAUUUGGAUAAUAACAAUUGGCUUAUUUUAAAAGGGCAUCUGAAGAAUGCACAAACAGGUGAAGUCUUUGCUCUUCUGCUUUCUCAUACACUUUAUACACACACACACACCUUUCCAUUAUUUUUUUUAAAUUCUACGUAACUAUGGAAAGCAUGGGAUCAGCUCUCUUGAGUCUUUUUCCAUAAUAAUGUAAGAAGAGACCUACAGAAUCAGGCCCAAGGCCCAUCCUGUUCUCGCUGUUGAGAAAAGACUCCCACAGGAGGCAGUGAUGGCCACCAACCUGGAUGGCUUUCAAAGAGCGCUAGACAAAUUCACAGAAGAUCUAAAGCUCUGUCCUACCUGCACUGUUGGAGACAGAAGGCCUCUGUAUGCCAGCUGUGGGGAAUCACAAAUGGGGAGAAUGCUGUUUGUGGGCUUCCUGUGGGCUUUGGGCUCUCCACUGAACUAGACCUGGCUUUGGCCCGAUUGAGCAGAGCUCUUUGGAAAAGGCGAGACCCAAAACGCUUAAGGGAGAAAACAAAACCAACAUUUCAUUCACACCCACACCAGUAACCUGGAAAUGCUUGCUUAAAAGUUCUUUCAAGUUUGCCAUUUCCUUUGUGUUAUCUUUCUGAUCAUUCUAAGAUGGAAACAGGAUUCAUAUUUCUGAUGCAAAUUCUAGACGCCUCCCCCCUCCCUUCGUUUUUAUUUUUAAACCCUGAAGCUUUUCAGGCUUUCAUUAAAAUAUAUAUAUAGGAGAGGCGCAUUUCUUUAUAUGUCACCUUUCAAGGGAACUGUUGGCAGGUAGACUAAGCCAUGUGGGGAGGCCUAGAGCACAACAUUUAGGGUGGGGAGGGUGGUCAAGCGGCUUACUUCUGGGAAAGAGUCAUUGAAAUGCCUUGCUGUUUCCCUGCCCUCGGUGAAGCUAGCAGUGAGGUUGGCUGUUGUCAAAAGGUGUCCUGAAAAGGGCUGUGGUGGAUCAACCUUGCAGUUGUCUGUAUGCUAACCUUAAGCUCAUGAUAGGCCUGCAAUUGCUUCCCUUAGAAGUGCAGGUCGUGCUGUGGGAAAACAUUUGGGCAAGAAUCCUUCAGAAAUUUGUUCACCGCACCCUGUCAGCAAAGCAAAGACAAUGAUCCUUGUGCUGGCAACAAAACUGGUUUUUAUGGAUCUUCUUUGCAGACUGCUUUUUAACAACAAAAAACAGCAAACGGCAUACUGGGCUCUUGAGAACUCCUGCAGUUCUUACUUAAACGAUAGACUAACUUGGAUUGUUAAAUAUUUUACCCAAAUAGUAACACACAGCUGUAUUCCAGAGAUACUAUUUUUUUAUUAUCUGUCCUGCUUAGGAGAAGCUGUCGCUAAUGUGGUUUUAGAUAAAAAGGGGUAUUUUUACAUAGAUGGAUGGGAGUUGCCCCUCCCCUUACUACAGUUGCCUGUGAAUAUAAAUAACACAUUAGACACACGUUCUGACAUGUUUAGUAUGUGACAUUGGACUCUUAAGUUUUGAUGACACUGCAUUUGAGAAGCUCUGCGAAACAGUAUUUCUCUCCCCCUGCCCCCCAGAAAUAUUCACAGCUAACUCUAAAGAGGCAUUUGAACAGAAGGAAAUGCAAAAAGGCAUUUUAAUAGGAAGACUUGGAUUUUUAAAAAAUGACUUAGCUGAAAGGACUUGGUAAAGCUUUAUUCCAAUCCUGUUACAUUUGUGUAUGAAUGAAUCUUAGAAACUUUUAAAAAGCAUAUACUGUUGUCCUGCUGGUUCUGUGUUUAAAAGCAGUUACUUUGUAUUCACUCAGAUUCCCCCUCACCUUUCCAUAUACCCUUUUGUUUUUAAUUUAGUUAGGCUCGGCAAAUAAUAAAACCCUUCCAUUACAAAGAGAGUAUUUAAAUGUUGGGUCUGGCUUGUACUAAUCCAUUGCACAUGUAAGGUUUUCUGGCUAUAGUACUAUCUGAGCUGUGAUUGACACCACAGAACUACUGAGCAGGCAUCUUAACCCAGUUCAUCUCAAUGGGAGUAGAUUUCCUUAUGCAAGAAAUCUGCCUUCUGCUCCAGGUUCAUAUUUUAAAAUUAGUGGUUGAGGGAUCUCUCAAGUGUGCAUCAAACUCCUGCACUGGUUCAAAAACAUGAAUGGCCGAAUCAGUGAUUUGUAGAAGAUUUUUUCCCCCUAAGUUACCUUCAAUGAAUGACUACUACUAGUCUGUAUUUGACCAUUUAAAAGGCUGAAAGGUGGUUUUGUGUGUUAUUUUUUUUUACAGAGGAGUAAUAUGAAACCAAGCGCACCAGCAUGGUUAUACAUAGUAUGUAUUUCAAUAGUUUUACAUCUUCUCUAAGGAUCUUUUAUGUAGUAAACGUAACAACCAGCUAACUACAUUGCCACAGUUUUGAGUUGUCAGCUUUAGUGUGUGAGCAAAAUAGAACUUUUUCUUCUUUUUAAAACGGGUGGGGGGUUGAGUAUUACAGAGCCUCUGGAUAACUUUUUUUUUUUUGGCUUGGUGGGUUCUUUAAUGAAAAUACGUAAGGGUGGGUUUUAUAUUUUGUAGCGAUUUUGUCCUAUUUGGAUGCUCUUUAUAUGGCAGUAUGUAUAUAGUGUGUUCGAUUCCUUUUCAAAUUCUAAAGAGAGAGAGAAAAGACACAAACUUGGAGGUAAUUGGUUUUUGUGCAACUGUGUUUUGGGAGGGGGAGAAAAAGCCAUGACAGUGUUAAAUAAAACAAAUACCUACAGCACACUUCUGAUGGAUUUUAGUUGUAACAGAAUGUGAGUGUUCCUCCUGCCCUCCCCCCCCCCCGUGUGAUGUAAAUUUUAAAUUAAAGAUUUUCAAUCUGAAAA